CGCGAACACAAACACAUUUUCUUAAGCCCAAUUUUGUAACGGACGACCGGUCGUGCCGUAAACAAUAGGAAUCCAUAUUUUUUUCCCGCAGUGGUACGUGAUUCGUGGCAUUCGUGCCUUUUCGAAAUUUUGGUGUUUGAUCCAUCAAACACGUUUUUUUUUAUUCUUGUUUACUUGUUACUUUCGGUACCCUAUGGUUAGAAGUUUUAACGACAAUUUUUUGCUGUUGAACUUGACCGAUUGAAACAAGUUUCAAUCGCUUUUAUUAUUAUUAAAGUAUAAUUGUUCAUAGUGGUUUUUCGGUAUUAACGUAACACACAUCCAAACUACAAAGUACAGAAUGGAGACGCCGAAAAAAUCACAACCAUCACAUCGCGAUGUUGACGAAAAAUACGACGCUACAACUUCUAGCCCGCUAAAAGCUUUGCCUAGUCCAAGAACACCUGUCCGAGCCACAUUCAACGACAGUGAUGACGAUGAAUCAGAUGAAAUGGAAAGUCCUAAGUUUCCGCAUCUUAUCCCAAUUUAUAGGAGGACUCCUGAUGAAUAUGAUUUAGGAGGUGUGCGUAUUGGUUGGGACGAUGGAUAUGGCAGUGUGUGUUAUCAAGAUGAUGAUUAUGUUACUGAAAGGAGGUCAAAAAGGAGUAAAAAGAGCCGAUUAUUCUCUGAACGUCAUCAUCGAUCUUUCUUUAGAUCGAACCACUAUAAUUCAUCAAACAAUGAAUCACCUUCUCCAAGGAGUUGUGCAAGUGUAAAUAAUACUGCUAUGCAGGAGGAGCUAAAUAAUUAUCUAGAAUGUAUAUUGAAUUGUCUCAGUGCCAAAAAGAGAAAUCGACAGUUAAUGAAAGCUAAAAUGGAAGCUAGUUCUUCAGCAAACAGUUCAACAGAAAAUAAUAAUGUUGGUGGUUGUUCAUUAGAUGACUCUGCUGAUGAUGAAAUGAUGAUGUUGUGUAGUCAAGCUAUUGAAAAAAAAAUAGCUGCAGAUGCUAAUAAUACUGAUAAUACUAAUAAUACCGUGAAUAAACCUACAAAAUUAAGUGUUUCACAUUCUUUGUCAAUUAACGGUAUAAGCCCAUUAAAAGAUACCAACAGUGCAACAAAUAAUAAUGUAUAUUACCAUGCUGCUAAAAAGUUCAAACCAGUACACAGCAAACUAUUUGGCGAGGAAGAGAAAAGCAAUUGUAAAUCACAGUGUCACACAUUAACUUCAAAUAUGAUAAACAAAUCUGAAAAUGAUGGCUCAUCUUCCGCCAUUACCACUGUUACUAAUUCUAAGAAAGAUGAUUCAUCAUUAUCAUUGUUAGACGACACUUUAGCCAAAGAAGAUGAGUUUUUUUUGGGUAUUGAUUUUGCGGAAAUCGAGCAGCAAAUUUUGAAUGGUGCUAAAGAAACUACUACUGUAUCAGCAGUUCAGAAUAGUUAUAAACAGCCAAACGCAAAUGUCGGUAUACAAUUGGAAAAAAAAACAGCUACAAGCAAUUAUGCUUCUUCCAGUAGUUCAAGUUCUAGUUCAGUACUUUGGCGUAGAUCUACUUCAUCAUCAUCAAUUGUUAACAAGCAGCAACAAUCAGUACAACAACCUAAACAAUUCAGCAGUGUUGUUAGGACAGUAAAUAACUCUAGCACUAGCAGUGGUAAUGCAAAAGCUACAACGACAACUACUACCAGAUAUUGCACACCAGCUGAAAUAGAAGCAAAACGAGAUCGUGCUCGACGUACACUUUUGCUUAAGUUUAAAUCAAAAAAUAGAAGUGUUUCGUAAAUUACUAUUACUAUUUGAAAAUGUACAGUACUUCUCGUUGAAUAUAUAAUAUCUUUUUGUCUAUAUAUUAAUUUAGAACUGAUAUAGUAUUAAUAUUUUUUUCUUACGUUUGUAUAUCAGAUAUUAUUUUUCAUUUAUAUCUGUGUAUGUGUAAACUGAAAGCAAUUAUUAAACAUAUAUUAAUAUUAAUAUCUGGUUUAUAUAAACUAAAAAUAUGUAUAAUAUCUGAUUUAUUUCAUAAUUCUUAAACUUUGUAUAUACUUGUAACCGUUUAAAAUGUAUUAUUGAAGCCCAAAAAAAUAAAUAAUUUGUAUAAGUUAAAAAUAAAAUUUGACGUAAUUUUUAUUUUAAUAUGAUAAGUUUUAAGGAAUACUUACAAAGUAAAUU